AUGGAUUCAGAAAGUGCUGAUUCAUCACCUCCACCUGUUAAAGCUCCUGAUACACAAGCUCCUCCUCCUGCUGCUGAUGAUCCUAUGCCUGACAAUUCUGCAAGUGAUGCACCAUCAAAACUAUCUGCAACUGGCAUAACGUCAUGGGCCAAAAGUUUGAAAAUCCCCCAGCCAUUGAUUUCCUCGCCAGAUGACUCACCAACUGGAAAUGCUGGAAAAUCAACCUUUGCACGUUUUACUAGUGGAUUUGGAUUGCGCUUGUCUCCAAAAUCUCCUGCGGCAGAUAAUAGUCCUGAAGGAACUUCAGCAACUUCACAACCUGGUAUAUUUGGAACAAUUACUAAAGGGUUAGUUGAUAGUUCCAAGAAUGCAGUGAAGGCAGUACAGGUCAAAGCUCGGCAUGCUGUCUCUCAAAAUAAGCGAAGAUAUCAGGAAGGAGGUUUUGAUUUGGAUAUGACAUAUAUCACAGAGAAUGUAAUUGCCAUGGGGUUUCCUGCUGGUGAUAUGAGCUCUGGGUUUUUUGGAUAUGUUGAGGGGUUCUAUCGAAACCAAAUGGAAGAAGUGAUCAAGUUUUUUGAGACCUAUCACAAGGACAAGUAUAAAGUAUACAAUCUUUGUUCUGAAAGGCUGUAUGAUGCAUCCUUGUUUGAAGGAAAGGUGGCCAGUUUUCCAUUUGAUGACCACAAUGCCCCCCAACUCAGCUGGACAGGGCUGAUGAUUUCUAGCCUUCUUCUGUUCUUAAAGUUCUUCCCUACUGCAGAGGAGUCUAUUGACUACUACAACCAGAAGAGAUGUUUUGAUGCAAAAGGGCUUGUUCUGCCCAGUCAAAUUAGAUAUGUAAAAUAUUUUGAGCGUAUCUUAACAUACUUCAAUGGAGAAAACCAGCCUGGGCGUAGGUGCAUGCUCAGGGGAUUUCGGCUUCACAGGUGCCCAUAUUGGAUCAGGCCAUCUAUUACUGUUUCUGAUCAUAAUGGUGUUCUCUUCUCCUCAAAAAAGCAUCCCAGAACCAAGGAUUUGUCGCCAGAAGAUUAUUGGUUUAGUGCUCCCAAGAAAGGAGUUAUGGUCUUUGCUUUGCCAGGGGAGCCUGGUCUAACAGAGGUGGCUGGAGACUUCAAAGUCCAUUUUCAUGACCGCCAAGGGGAUUUUUACUUUUGGUUGAACACUACGUUUACGGAGAACAGAAAAAUUUUGAACACCAGCGAUAUUGAUGGAUUCGAUAAGAGGAAACUGCCUUCCCCAGGAUUUCAGGUUGAGGUUGUGCUUGUAGAUUACGAUGGCACUGCUUCAACUGGGUCAAAUGCUGAAACUGCUGUAAAGAAGUCAGAUGAAGGUUCAAGUACUGCUCCUGCAUCAGUUGAUGCAGCUACAGCUGCACGAAAGCAAAAUAAAGACCCAGGAAGUAAUGAUAAAGAUGACGUGUUCUCAGAUAAUGAGGCAGAUGAAUCAGUAUCUUCCAAACGAAAGCAGGCUCAAGCAUCCUCUGCAGGGGGAGAAUCUUCUGCCACACCUGCCCCUAGUUCUGGAACCGAUAGUAAAUCAGAUCAAGUUGCAAAUUUAACCCAGACAACCGAACAAUUUUCUCUGGGAAAAACAGGGUCACAUACUGCUAGUCAGCUGAAAAGUGAAGCUGUAGGUGGAACUGUCUCAAGCCUUGAUGCUAACAACUCCCAAAGUGAAUUCAAGGUAAUGGCUGCCGAUGCAUCUGUCUUUACCUUUGGAGAUGAUGAAGACUACGAAAGUGAUUGA